UAAAGUACUACCUCUUUUAUUUUUCAUUCAAUUAUUCAAUAUGUUAACUGUUAUUCAAUGGAAUAUUAAUGGUUAUAUUAAUAAUUAUUAUGAACUUGAAAUAUUAAUCAAAACACAUAACCCCUCGGUUAUAUUAUUAAACGAAACACACAUUCCAAACAAUAUACCAGCUCAUACUCCAAAAGCCUAUAUUGGUCACUUUUAUAACCUUCCAUCCAACACAUCAAGCAAACAAGGUAUUGCAAUCCUGAUUAGAAGAAACAUACCGCAUAAUGUUCUUCCAAUAUCUUCUUCAAAUAUCUCUUCCAUUUCCAUAGAAAUUCCCUCCCCCAUCAAAAUCAUAAUAAUCUGUGCCUAUUCUCCUCCACAACAAACAUUCACUUCAGCAGAUUUCUUUAACCUUCUCCCUUCUUGCUCUACUCCCUUCUUACUAGCUGGUGACUUCAAUGUCUGGUGUCCUCUUUGGGGUUCGGCCUCAACUAACUCCAAGGGCCGUAUAAUUGAAGAUGCUAUACUUAGUUCUGACUGUUUUGUACUUAAUGACGGUUCCCCUACCCACUUCUCCACCCAUUCCACCUUCACACAUAUCGACCUUACCCUUUGCUCUACUUCCCUCUCCCCUAAAGUUGAUUGGCAUUGUUUAAAUGAUCUGCAUGGUAGCGAUCAUUUUCCUAUCAAAACUAAAAUCUCGUCUCAAAACUCCAUUUUUUUCAAACCCAGAAUAUUUUUUAGAUUCCGUCCCUUCUUCAAUUAAUACUAAUCUGGAAACUUCUAGAAUUCAAAAAAUAAUACGAUCUGCAGCCAACCAAUCUAUACCACAAACCUCUCCCAAACCCCGUAAUCCCAACCCUCCUUGGUGGGACAAUGAAUUAUCUUUGCUUAGACUGUAUAAGCAACAAACAUGGCAUCAAUUCAAGCAUAAUCGCUCGUCAUCAAAUCUUGUGGCUUAUAAAAAAGCGAAUGCUAUUUUUAGAAGAAAGGCCAAACAAGCCAAAAUUAAAUCCUUCCAGACAUUUACCAACAGCAUAAAUUCCUCUUCCGAUCCUAAACUAAUUUGGGCCAACAUAAAAAGACUAUCUGGUAACCAAUCUUUUUCUCCUGUUCUUUCGCUCAACUCCUCACAAGGCAAUCUACUCUAUCCACAGGAUAUAGCUUUAAAAUUUGCUAAUUAUUUUUCCAACAAUUCUUCCGACUCUAAUUUCUCACCUGAAUAUUCGUCUAACAAACACUCUUUACUGUCCUACAAUUUCUUACCAUCUCCCUUAUCCCCUUCAGCCAAACACCUUGACUCAGAUAUAACUUUAUUUGAACUCCAACUUGCUCUAGCUGUUGUCAAAGGUAAAACUCCUGGCUUAGAUAAAAUUUCCUAUCCCAUUAUCAAACAUCUCCCUUCUCUUCUACUCUUCCGCCUUGUCAAUCACUACAACAACAUUUUUCGAACUGCUAGCAUCCCCCAAGUCUGGAAAACCAGCGCAAUCAUCCCUAUUUUAAAACCUGGCAAGCCUCCUUGCGAAGUUACCAGCUAUCGUCCGAUUUCCCUUUUGCCCUGCCUUGGAAAACUUCUAGAAAAAAUUAUUGCCACUAGACUUUCCUGGUUUCUUCAAUUCAAUAAGCUCAUUCACUCUAAUCAGGUAGCAUUCAAAAAAGGUCAAAGCACUAUCGACGCCCUUUUAAAUCUUGACCAUUUCAUAUGUGAUGCUUUAUCUAAUAAAAACCAUGUUUCGCUUCUUUCUCUUGAUUUUGAAAAGGCGUUUGAUCGUGUUGGCAUACACGUAGUUUUAAGACAGUUAAUAAAAUGGAAAGUAGGGUCCCGUAUAUUUAAUUUCGUAAAAUCUUUCCUUUCUAAACGCAAAUUCACAGUUCUUAUUUCCGGCACUUCUUCCCCCACUCUUCCUUUAGAUAACGGCACCCCUCAGGGUUCACCGCUAUCGGUUAUUUUGUUCACCAUAGCAUUUGAUGAAAUUAGCUCUACCCUAUCCAAUUUCCCCACAAUACAGCAUCAACUAUAUGCUGAUGACCUUCUCCUAUUCUCAAAAUCUUCUGAUCUAUCUUCUAUAUCCUCUACCUUUAAAGAAAUCCUUUCCCAAUUAUCCUUGUGGUCACUUUCGUCAGGCGCCUCAAUUUCGUACUCUAAAUCCAAAAUGCUUCACAUUUGUAGAAAACAUAAUUGUAAUUUCCCAGCAAUCUCAUUUAACAAUGUAAAUAUUUCAUGUUCUCCUACACUUAAGUUUCUUGGAAUAAUUCUAGAUAAUAAGUAUGUAUUUAAACAACAUUGUCAGUAUAUUAGAAAUAGAAUUAUUAAAAAUACCAAUAUUGUUAAGUACCUAUCAUGUAAGCGCUCGUUCAUUGGCCCAGCGCUGCUCAUUAAUGUUGUCAAAGCACUCGUACUCUCCGUCAUCAAUUAUGCCCUUGAAAUCUAUGGACAUCAUUCUAAAAAUCAUCUAAAAUUGCUUGCUGCCCCGUAUCACUCGGCUGUAAGGAGAUCACUCCGAGCAUUCCCAACGUCACCUAUUAAAAAUAUAUUAGCGGAAUCUGGUCUUCCCUUUCUAAGGGACAAUAUGGAAGAUAGCACCAGCAAACUAUACCCUAGGAUCAUCCUUGGUUCCAAUGAUACACUACAAAAUGCGUUGUUUUCAUUAUCAUCUCGUAUUCGACCUCCAAAAGUUGAGUCAGCUAUAUACAAAUGCGUAAUUUUUGCCAAAGAGAACCACCUUCCGUUAAAACCUCCUAAACUACGUAAACUUUAUCAUCCACCUUGGUUGAUUCCGAAAAAUACAUUCAUUGACAAACUGGUUCGGCUACCCAAAAUCUCCACACCGAAUGCGAUCUAUAUCUCAGAGUUUCGUGAAGUUAAGUAUUCACUAAAGCACAAUAAUUGGAAACACCCAAAAACAUCCAAACCUCUUUUGCUGUGGUUAGCGAGAAAGGAAAGCCAAUUUCCUAUGGACUACUUUUUCCAUUUUGCUAAAUUUUUAUUGCUGAAGCCACCGCUAUUUUCCAUGCUGUUCUACACGCCGCAAAAAACUCAGGAAAAUAUGUUAUAUGUACCGACAGCUUAUCAUGUUUUCAAGCCAUACAAAAUUGCAAUAACCACACUAAUAUCAUCAAAUCUACUAGAGAAUAUCUUAUUUUACAUGCAAAAAAGAUUAAAUUAAUGUGGAUCCCUAGCCACACUGGGUUAACAGGAAAUGACUACGCUGAUAAAUUAGCUAAAGAUGCAUCCAAUAUGCCCA